AUGGCAAGCAAUACCAGUUGGCCACCAACAAUGGCCCCAACCAUCUUCACGGGGGGCAACAUCGGUUUUGACAAGCUCCUGUGGACACUGGAGGACUCAGAGGCCACAGCCAUCACGUUGAAGCUGAUUUCACCUGACGGCGAUGAAAACUAUCCAGGGCAAGUCACUGCGAGGGUGCACUACUCCCUGCCCUCCUCGAGCACCUUGCGGAUCCAGUAUGAAGCCACUACCGAUGCGCCAACCCUCGUGAACCUCACCAACCAUUCGUAUUGGAACCUCGCUGAUGGAGGCAUCUCCAGCGUUUUGGACCAUGAGAUCAGUCUCUUCGCAGAUUUCUACACGCCCGUGGACGACACCUCGAUCCCGACCGGCGAGGUCCGCGCGGUGACGGGGGCGAUGGAUCUGCGACAGAGCGUGAAGAUCGGUAAGGGCAUCAAAGAGGCCGACAACGGCCUUGGCUACGACCAUAACUACGUCUUGCAGGGCAAAUUCGACCCGACCUCCAAGCUGCAGGCUGUGGCGCACGUCUCCCACAGUGGCUCCGGCCGUUGGAUGACGGUGAAGACCGACCAGCCUGGAGUCCAGUUCUACACCGGAAACUACCUCAACGGCUUUCCAGGUCGAACGGGGCAGGGCUACGAGAAGCACCAUGGCUUUUGCCUGGAGACGCAGUGCUUUCCCAACGCCGUGAAUGUGAACGGUGCUCAUUUCAGCAACGUGGUGAGGCGACCCGGCGAGCCGCAGCGGAACGGGGCGACCCGGCGCCUUCCUCGGGCGGCACGCUCGUGCUCUCAGCUCGCUCGCGUCCCGCGCUGCUUCCACGUGGCCGCCCCGCGUGACGAGAUUCGUCACUUCUUUGGCGGCUUCAACCUGGCCGAGGUGGAAUUGGAGCCUGACGUCAAGCAGGAUGUGGAAAUCAUCAGGCGAAGGGUAGAUCAAUUACCUUCCGGACAUGCCUAUGUCUACUUCGAAACUUGGGAGGUCUUCGUCCACUUCGACCUCCGGAGGAGGCGUGCCGCGCCCGGCGCGAGAAGCAACGCUGCUACUUGGGCAGUCGCUUCAUCGAGAUCCAUGUGGACUGGUCGCCGGAUUGGCACGAAGAGUGAUUGCAGAUCGACCGGUUCACGGUGCACUCGCCAGCGGACGGCGUGA